AUGCGAUUUUCAGGUACAAUACGAAAAGCAAACAAGAUACUUAAGGGUCUACCUGAUUCUCCACCAAGGAGAAAAUUGAUGCAUCGGAUGGAUCAAAGGGAAUUGGCUCGCCAUGCCGUUUUGAACAUGGAGAAGUCAGUCCAAUUUGAGGACCCUUUAAGGGAUCUCAAACAACUUGAGAUUCUGUGUGGCUGUGGCAGUGAAAGGGUCUACCUUGGAUUGCCUCUUAAGCAUUUGGGUUUGUACCUCAAAGAAGAUGACGAGUUACAGGGUCAGGACGAGGAGGCUUUUCUGAAUGCAGAUCAGGAGGAAGGCGAGAUCUGCUGGCGGGAAAGCGAUUGGGAGGAAGGUGAGAUCUGCUCAUGA